ACAAAUUAAGAAAAGCUCAAUUACGUAUAAAACCAUCUUAUUCUAGAGGAAGAAAAAAUGCAGCGAAUAGAGAAUUGGGUUGGGAAGGGAUUAACGAAAGUAGAAAAUGAAAGUGAAGAAUACGAAUCCAUUAAGAACGGUUUCUUGAAGGGUAUGGGAUUCAUGGGACAUGCCACAACUAUCAUGGCCAUUCACAAGAACGAUGUUUCCUCUAGUUUGGCAAGGCAAGCUCGUUGGGAUUCCUUCAAGAUUUUCUCUAAGGCUGUGGCAAUCAAAUCUGGUGGAGAUGCUAAUGUACGGUACGCUUGGUACGGUGCUUCAUUGGAUGAUCUUCUAGAAAUUGUAUCUGAGGGAUUCAAUGGAUGCAAAAACCACGAUGAUGAUGAUGAUGAGUCUCAUGGUGUUGGGAUUCCCUUAUUUUCUGUCGAUUUCUCCAUCGAUAGUGCUAUGUGUACAGUUGCAGAUGAGCAUGGUUUGAGACAUGUGUUACUAUGCAGAGUGAUUUUAGGGAAGGUGGAAGCUGUUGCUUGUGGUUCAAAGCAGAGCCAACCUAGUUCUAAGCAAUAUGACUCUGGUGUGGAUGAUAUUUUAGCACCUACAAAGCAUAUUAUCUGGACUGCUUUUAUGAAUUCACACAUUCAUCCUAGUUAUGUUCUUAGUUUCAAAUACAAUUACACAAAGGAUUCAGUGAUACAUGGGGCACUAAAACCGCAAUCACCGUAUGUGUUGUUUCCCAAUUUAGUAGCAAGAGUUUCAAAUAAUUUGAAACCAGCUCAAAUGACUAUGUUACUCAGAAGCUACCGAAUUUACCAACAACGGAAGAUUUCACGACAAGUAUGGAUAAAGAAAGUGAGAUUGAUUGUGGGAGACACGCUGCUGCAUUCAGUGAUCACGAACUCCAACUACGAUGUGCACAUUCUUUAGUCUCUCUUGAGAUUCUUUAGUUUUAAAACAAAUUUCUGGAAUGGGUUUUUCAAACACUUAUCUGUUCUUCUUCUUUCUUUGCAACAUUCUCUCUUCUUUUUCCAUUGUAGUAGCAGUUAUGACGAAAGCGACAGAGGUAACUAUGGUGACAGUGAUGACAGCAGCAAUAGCGAUGUGAUAUAGUGGUGAAGGAGUAGUUAGUAAUUGUAGGGGUGCUGAAGGCAAUAGCCAUUGGGUUUACAUUGUUACUAACAUUUUAUACAAUACAAUCGAAUACAACAAAUUCACAUGAGUAGUACAAGUAAUAAAAAAUUGUAUUA